AAGCACACAUCACUCACAGUACUGCAGGCCGACCUUGCCGUUGUUUGAUCCCCUUCAUCCCAGAGCUCAGAGACAUGCACUUUGAUGAACCGCCAAAGGAGAAGCCUUGUUGCACUCUGCCCACAGUGAAGAAACUGUUGGAGCAGAAGAGGAAGCGAGAGACAUCCUCAGUGUCGACCUCCUGCCCCUCAAAUACAACCAGCCCUGUUGCUGCAAACAUGGUUGCUAUGUCCGCAUCAGAACCAUUGACGUUGACCUGCUCAGGUGCAUCAAGCAGCUACACGGACAUGACAGCUAUGGACUAUGAGCAAUGGGCACUCAUGCAGGAGCCCACUCUCUCUUACGACCCCAACCAGCCAGGACCCAGCUUCCCUGUGGGCUACAACAUCCCACAGCACUCAGAUUUCAGCUCCCAGCCGCAGCAGCAGCAGCCUCAAGGAUUUGGAGGCAAUGCAUCUCAAACAUAUGAGUGCCUGAUGACAGGUGCCGGUCAGAGUGAGACUUCUUCUUGGUCCCGUGUACAGCCCAGUCAGGCCCCUCCAUCCACUUUAGGAUCAUGGUUGGAUGGCAGCACACUGGAGAAGGCUAGAAGGCUGCUGAGCGACAUGGACUACAGCAGAGUCACGGGCCAGGACGAAGAUGGAGACACCAUCCUGCACAUCUAUACUGCCAAGGGCCUCAGGGAGUGGGCCUUCGCUGCUGCAGAGAAGCUGAGGGAUUUGGGGAAGCUCGAUGCAAAAGAGCACAAAGGAAAAACUGCCUUACUGGUGGCGGUGACAGCCAACCAUCCUGACAUUGUGCAAGAUCUGCUGUCGUUUGGAGCAGACAUCAACGCUUGUGAUGUCAAAGGCCAAAGUGCCCUUCACCUGGCUGCUCACGACGGGUACCCUGGGGUACUGCAGGUAAUUUUUUCAAGCAGAUGUGCAGUCAACCUCGAGGCCAGAAAUUUUGAAGGGAUGACCCCCCUCCACUGUGCAGCCAUCUCUCACUGUGUCACCAUGAAAGCUUUAUCUGCUUGUGGGAUGGCGGAUGUUCACCUGCAGAGCAAAGCUGCAGAGAAGCUCUCCUGUGUGCAGAUGCUUCUCACUGCAGGCGCCUCUCCACUCAGCCAGGAAAUCAAAAGCAACAAGACCGUGUUGCACUUGGCUGUGAAGGAAGCCAACAUGGACCUGCUCCACUGUUUGCUGAGCAUACCUCUACACAACGUGAAAGACUUUGUCAACAUGAAAGCGCACGGCCACACAGCUUUGCACAUGGCGGCCUGUCUCCAUGGUAACCCCCGGCAGGAGGAUAUCCUGCAAUUGCUGCUGAGCAGAGGAGCCGAUCCCAGCAUCCGUAACAUGGAGAACGACCUGCCUGCUCGCCUCCUGCAGGGUGGCCAGCAGGGGGAGCAGCUCAAACUGCUGCUGAAGAAACGAAGUACUCCGACUCGCCGACGUUUCGUGGCCUGGCAGGACCACCACGAAUGACUUGUAGUCACGUGACACGCAGUGAAUCUUCUAUUGAGAAGGCUGUUCACAUGACAUGCAGGCAGCAUCUUCAUGUGUGAGGCUAAUUCACAUUGGAUUUCAAAUUGUACUAUGAUUCAUUCUUUAGCUGCUCAGUAAAUUAUAGCGCUGUAUUUAUUUCUGCCAUGUUGAGUGCAUGGGGCGUUUGUGUCACAGACACCCCACAUGCUGUUUGGAUUAACCUCACUUCAUUUCAAGAAAAAUGACGAUGAUUUCUUUGUUUCACAUUAUAAAUGAAGUCGACGUCUUCGGCUACAACAACACUAGGUACACUUGCACAACACAAAAGCACCACCCCAAAUUCUGCCUUCACAAAAGAUAAUGCACUACUUCCGCGAACGUCAAACAGCCCUACACAAAUUUGUAUUUUGAUGAUAAAAUCCAGGCAUCGUUCAGAGACAAAUCACAGAAGGAAAAUCUCGUAAAGUUCAUGUUAAAAAGCUCUGCACCUUCAACCAGAUCCUCACCACGAUGAAUCAUUUUCUGUGUUGUUCUUUGGCCUGUGCUCCAGCCUUUCACAAAGUUGAUUGGAAAUUGUUAAUAAUAAUAAAAAAAGUAGAACAGUGGAACCCCCACUCAAACACAAUCCCUUAAUGCUCAACAUGGUUUAAAUUCAUUUACAUGUAUUGAUCAUAUUGCCAGACACUUCCCUAUGUCGCAGUCAGUUCUGCUUACGGGUCUAUGGUUAUCAUCACAAGCUUCCUCAUUGCCAUCACUGCUACUCUUCUGGGGCGGUGGCGUAACACAAUAAUGAAGCCAAAGAAAAAGCGCUUUCGUUGAGUCAAUCCUUUAAAGUUUUGCAGAUUGUUACACUGUGUGUGUAAAAUAAUGUAAUAUUAUUCAUAGUUGAAAGGGAGCAUUAUCAUCUUUGUAAAGGCAGAUGUUUAUAUUGAAACUCAUUACGUGCAUGUGCAAGUGUCCAGUGUAUGGUUGCUUUAAAUGCUGAAGUCAAAGUUGCAAAACAGUGGAUGGUCUGCUACAGACUACACUGCUUAUUUCCCCAAAACUCUUUGAUUUCUAUGAAAUCAUCAGUACGACCUUCAGGAAGUCCCUGAAAGAGCCAAACAAUCACAUUGAUAAGGAUGAUGGUGAAUCAGAAUGCUGACUUCAAUCAGCGCUUUCUCUUCUUGACUGGUUAAAAACACGUGACUUGUUUGUGUCAUCCUUGCGGAUGGAACAAACUUUGCUUUGAGGAAAAGUACAUUUUACUGUGUAAAAACUGUUCUAAAUCUUUUAUGUCUGAUGACAAAUGCAUCACACGCACACAGACACACACACACACACACACACAGCAGGCAUUGAUGAGUCACGACUGAGAAGGUCAGGGGUGCACGCGGCUACACAAAUGAGCAGCGUGGAAAAUCAAACACCUCACAGGAAAGUUGUAAUAGCCUACACUUUACAUUCACUCUUUAGGAAUUGUUCAUUUUCAAGAAAAAAACACACUCACUCUGAAAUCUGAUCUGUCUUGACUGGAAUUUCACUGAUUCAUAAAGUUUUCUCAU